AUGGUAAAGGAUAAAUCAGGGCUUUCGCCAUUCUUGACGGAACACCUCAGCUAUAUUGACAAGAAUUUGUCCCUCAUGCAGCUGCGUAAUGUUAUCGCCACAUUUAUGACGAGAUAUGAUAUCAGUUUUGAACCAAAUGAGGAUGACCUUGCUGUGUGUAGAGAUAUGAAAGAUCAAUUCAACCAACAUGCUGGAGAGCUGGACAUCUGUUUCAUCCCAAGGGCAUUCAAGUAA